UGUGUGUGUGUGUGUGUGUGUGUGUGUGUGUGUGUGUGUACUCCCUCACUCCGCUGUUGGACUCUUCUUGCUCCGGACUCUGACUGAAGACAGAAAAUAUGAAAUAAGAUUUUAAACAUCACAGGUUUUGCAGCAGCUCGGCGGUCGGAGUGUCGAUGCGAAGCUUCUGCAGAAACUCGCCGGUUUUGCUUCCUCUUUUCUUGGGAAAUAAAAAGGAAAUCUGGGAGUCGCGCCAUGGUCUGUGUGGAGGAUCUGCUCAAUCCAGGACCAUGACCUCCUCCAGCAGCAGAAAACGCGCUGCUCCUUCUCAAGGCGACCAAAUGACAUGAAGGACUGAAGGUUUGAGGACACAGCACCCCCUGCUGGACUCCGGCUGCAGCUGCAGGCCAUGGCCGAGUCCAGUUAUUCCGACCUGAUCGCCAAACAUUACAACUACACCGGCAAGUUCCGCAAGUCGACCCAGCAGCAGGACUCGGGUCUGAAGGCAGACUCGGUGAUCUUCAUCAUUGUCUGCUGCUUCAUCAUCAUGGAGAACAUCCUGGUCCUGACCACCAUCUGGAGAACCAAGAAGUUCCACAAACCAAUGUACUACUUCAUCGGGAACCUGGCGUUGUCCGACCUGCUGGCCGGCGUCGUCUACACCGCCAACAUCCUGCUGUCCGGCGCCAACACCUACAAACUGACGCCGACACAGUGGUUCUUCAGGGAGGGCAGCAUGUUCGUGGCACUGGCGGCCUCCGUCUUCAGUCUGUUGGCCAUCGCCAUCGAGCGCCACCUCACCAUGCUGAAAAUGAAGCUGCACAACAACGGGAACACGUUCCGGGUCUUCCUGCUGAUCAGCACCGUGUGGAUGAUCGCGGCGGUCCUGGGCGGACUGCCGGUGAUGGGCUGGAACUGCAUCCGGAGCUUGCCGCAGUGCUCCACCGUGCUGCCGUUGUACCAUAAGACCUACAUCCUGUUCUGCACCACCGUCUUCAGCAUCAUCCUCUUGGCCAUUGUGGUUCUCUACGCCCGGAUCUACGCACUGGUGCGCACCCGCAGCCGCAAACUAGUCUUUCGCAAAGUCACCAACGGCCGAGGCAGCGCCAGCGCCAACAACAAGAGCUCGGAGAAGUCGAUGGCGCUCCUGAAGACCGUCAUCAUCGUCCUGAGCUGCUUCAUCGCCUGCUGGGCGCCGCUGUUCGUCCUGCUGCUGCUGGAUGUGGCGUGUGAGACCCUGACCUGCCCCAUCCUCUACAAGGCCGAGUGGUUCCUGGCGCUCGCCGUCCUGAACUCCGCCAUGAACCCGCUCAUCUACACGCUGACCAGUAACGAGAUGCGCCGGGCCUUCCUCAAGACGCUGCUCUGCUGCACCGCCUGGAUCCGGCCCAAAUCCAAGUUCACGGGGCCGAUCAUGGGCGCGGAGUUCAGCCGCAGCAAGUCCGAUAACUCCUCACACCCCAACAAGGAGGAGGCGGAGUACUCACCCAAGGAGACGACGGUGGUGUCGUCCGGGAACCUCACCUCGUCGUCAUAAACAGAGACGUGGACGGAUCAGACUCGUGAUUCUUCAUGUCUUUUAUUGGAUCGAAAGUCUUUGGACUAAUGGAGACUCUCCAAACUGAUGAAACCCUGAAAUCCACUCUGCAUGUAGCUCUUAAUAUCCGUCCGGCGUAACUUCGGACUCCAGUCCAAUGUGAACUGGUGCUGUUGAUGAAACAGAACAUUUUCCUGCAGAGAAGGCGACGGGAUACUGGAAGCACUAGGAAGGUUUAGACCAGCUCUAGAAGGGAAACGGGUUUUUUCUUUAACCAGACUUUAUUCUCACCUUUCUAGACCAACUAGAACUUGUAGCACUUAAAUACACUACUGCCAAUUAUUUAAAAUGUCUCUCCUCAUCCACUGCACUUAAAGAAACACCAUAAUCUGGAUCCUGGGUGUGAAAUCUAUGACGGAGUAUCAGGGCCAGGCUGGGGAAAAAAAUUACGAGAAUACAGUUAAAAAAAAAAAAAAACGAGAAUAAAUUAAUAUUACUGAAAAAAAAGUCAUACACCAAGUCAAUAGUACUAAAAUAAACUCAUUUCAAGAAAAAAGUUUGUACGACACAAAGUCAUAUGAGAAUACAGUCGUAGCAAUCCAAGAAAAAAAAGUCGUAAUAAUAUGAGAAUAAAGUCAUAAUAAUACAUAAAAAGUCAUAUUAUUGCAAGAAAAAAUUCUUACAAAAAUAAAGCCACAAUAAUAUGAGAAUAAACUCAUAAUUACCAAAAACUGUUAUAAUAUUUGUAGACUGGGGUAAUUUGAUAACUCGUACAUGAAAAAUAAUUUUAAAAAGAGGAAUAUUAGACAUAGGAAAAACUUAAUCUGUUAACACAUCAGCAUCAAAAUAGCAAGACUUUGAAGAGAUUAAGUGAUUAAUUUGAAGAAACAGUCACAGACCAGACGAGCUGCUGAAGCUUUGCUCUCAUUAAAUAACUUUUUCUAGUAAUUUUAUAUUUUUUCUGGUAUUUUUGUGUCUUUAUUCUGCUAAUAUUAUGACUUUAUUCUUGUAAUAAUAACAGUAAUAAUGAAAGUCACUUAUUCUGGCCCUAAUUCUCCAUCACAAGUCUGGGAUCUCUGGCUGUUUCCUGUUUGAAUCACAUAAAUAGAGGAAAUACAUCCAAAAUAUCAACUUUUUAGCCAUUUUACACCAUUCAGGAACUAACGAGUACAAAUAAGAAAAGACGUUGGU